AAAUAGGCCGUCAUAAUUGAAACCUGCAAAAUUAGGAUAACCACAAGACAAACAAUUAGCUGUCUCUCACCAUUCCCGACGCUUCCCGAAAUCCCCCAUUCAACCUCCUUUAUAUAACACCACCAACGCAUACACACCCCCCUCCCGCACUCGUUAAGCGACGCCGCAUCGCCUCUCUUCCUCCCCGCUUCAGAAAUUAGGGUUUCAAGUUCCCAAAUCUGUGUAAAUCGGACCGGUAAAUUUACGAAUUUGUACGAAGGAUUUUGUGUAAAUUUGAAGCGUUUUUUUUGAGAUUUGAGACUAUGAGAAUGAAUUUGAAGCGGUCGAGGAAAUCGAACUCCGUAUCUUGGGCUUCUGGAGCCGAUCUUCGUCAGGUAAAGCUGUUCUCUUCUGAAGAUUAUCCUGUCGCUGUUGGUGUGAAAUAUCAAAAGCAUCUUCAACCAAAAGCGUCAUAUAUGUCGCGGUCGGUUCCUACGGAACAUGUUUCCCCCCCUGGGUUUGAACGGCCUGUUUCUGUGAGCCAAACAAAAGUGGAGCUACCCCCCAUUCCUCGGAUUCGAUGGAAAUGCCCUUCCAAGUUUGUCGUGAAUGACGCCUGGCAAGUAGCAGCUGGUGAGGAAAGUGAGGAAGUCAAGGCUCAAAAGUUGAGAGGGAUGAGAGUGCUCGAAGCAGGUUAUCCUCGUCUUUCUGCAAUUCCCCCAAACCCCUCUGUUUCUUUGGAUGUAAAAGCUGCGCGUUAUGACGAUAGCCUCACUCCUUCAGUCCCCCUUAUUCCAAUUGAAGAAAUGGAAGAAGAGUCCCAGGAUUUACCAUCAUCUGAUAUGGAAUUGGAUUCCGAUGUAGAAUGUCGGCCACCAGCCUUGCCUCAAGGUCAGUCGGCAUCUCGGGGUCCAGCUUCAAAAUGCAAUCCUCCUCAGCAAAUUGCCGGUGAUCAACCUUCACUAGAAAACUCACCUAGUCAAAAUGCCGAUGUGACUGCUGCUGCUUCAGUCGCAUUGACUGCAAUCUUGAAAAGCGCUGAGAAGGGAAGUUUGAUUGAUACUGAUUUGCUCAUCAAAAUCCUAAAUGACCCGAAAAUGAUCCAGAAAUUGAUUAACGAACCUGGAUCGCUGGCCCAUGCAGAAGUUGCACCAACGAACUGUUUCGCUGCGCCGAUGUCAAAGACGACAACUCCAUCAGUUCCCUCAUCUCUUCCAAAAUCUGAUAUGCUAACAACUGCAGGUGGAAAAUUCUUCCCUAUGGCAGGUAUUAUGAAUGCUAUCUCUCUUCAACCAGGUAAUGUUCAAACGUCCGGGUUGAACCAACCCGCACCAUCACCACCUGUGUCCGUCCCCCAGUCCAACUUUGGCAUGCUACCUAGGCAGCCAAAUCAAACUCAAGCACAAACCCCCACUUUAGGUGCAAUGACGUAUCCCAACAGAGCUCAACCACCGGCGUUCCUCGUCAAGGAAGCGCCGCUCCCGCCCGCGAAGAAUAUGAACUACUAUAAGAACCUCAUCAUGCAACAUGGAGUGGAAAAGCAAGAAAUCCAGGACCCUUUUAUUGCACAAAAACAAAUUGGUAACAAAUUUAAUCUCUUGAAAGACGUGAAAAUGGUUCAAAACUUUAAACCCGGACAAAAGAAACCGAAGAAUCUGAAACAAUGCAAGUACUUUACUGGCUCCAACGGAUGCCGUAACGGCGUUAAUUGCAAAUUCCAGCAUGACGUGCCAUUUGAAUUGGGGAGUGGUAAUUUUUUUGGGGGCCAUAUUGCAAAGAGAGCGAAAACCGAUGGGGUUAAUACCUUACGGAUAUGAAAGUCCUGUGAAAUUUGGACCGUGGUUUUUAGUUUCUUUGCAGUUUUGUACACAGAAACUUGGGGCGGUUGGGACACCGAGAGACAGGGUAUAGGGGUAGUUUCGAAAUUUCGUAUUUGUAGGGAACCACCGUGUAGAUAUUUGGCAUUUGCUGAGGCAAUUUUAUGAGAUUAAUGAAAAAUCAGUGCUUUUAUUUUAA